AUGACCCGCGAAUCACUCAGCCUGGCGGGAGGCUCAGAGGACAACCAUGUCUGCUCAAGAGGAAAGGGGCCGGGAGCCUCCCAAACCCAAGGGCAAGGCGCCCCCACCUCCUCCCCACCCCGCUCAUGCUGGCCCUUCUCUACUCAGACCCUGGGCAGCUUCCUGGGGUCCCUGCCUGGCUUCAGCUCUGCCCGGAACCUGCUGGCCAGCGCCCACAGCUCAGUGCGGGAGGCCCGGCCAGCCGCUGAUCCCCCAUCUGCCCCCGCCGCCCAGGCUGCCCAGCCCCAGGCCCAGGGUGAGUACACAGCUCUGGUAGCCGGGACAUUCCUGACCUUUCAAGCUGUGCCCGCUGAUUACACAAUAGCGGCCACUGACCCGGAGCUGACAGCCAAAGGGGUGGAGAAGCUGCCGCCGCCUGCAGACAAGGCCCUGCGCGAGCCUCCACUUCCACCUCUGUGGAUGGGCGCAGCACCGCCCCGCUGCCCGGCCUGGUCGGGCCCCCGGUCAGGCUUCGCACAGCGUGACCUGAGCAAUAGCGACUUGCUGACCACGCGCCAAGACUCCUUGCCAAGGGUUCCAGAAGUGUUAGAGACCCACUUUAGCAAUCGGGGAUCUAUUGAAUCAAGGCAAUACUCUGAUGCCACGUGCAUGUCCCUCUGCCCAGGCACGUCAGGAAUCAGGCUGACUGAAGUCUGGGCUGUGACAAGCCUCCCAGCCUCUGCUCUUGACCAUGUGUGUGUGCUUUCUCAUCAGAUGACCUCCGGGGCAAAGGACGUGGUGUGCUCCACAAUGACCAGGACCAAAGAUGCCAUCUCCUCCGGGAUGGCCAAUGUAGUGGACUCAGCUAAAGGCGCGGUGCAGGGAGGCCUCGGCAUGACCCGAUCUGCACUCACAGGCACCAAGGAGGCUGUGACCAGCGGGGUCACAGGGGCAGUGGGCGUGGCAAAAGGAGCCAUUCACACUGGUGUGGACACCACAAAGACUGUGCUGACUGGCACCAAAGACACAGUGUCCACGAGACUCACCGGGGCCAUGAACAUGGUCAAGGGCGCCGUCCAGACUGGAGUGGACACCAGCAAGACCCUCCUGACUGGUACCCAAGACACAGUGUCCACGAGACUCACCGGGGCAAUGAACAUGGUCAAGGGCGCCGUCCAGACUGGAGUGGACACCAGCAAGGCCCUCCUGACUGGUACCCAAGACACAGUGUCCACGAGACUCACCGGGGCAAUGAACAUGGCCAAGGGCGCCGUCCAGACUGGAGUGGACACCAGCAAGGCCCUCCUGACUGGUACCCAAGACACAGUGUCCACGAGACUCACUGGGGCAAUGAACAUGGUCAAGGGCGCCGUCCAGACUGGAGUGGCCACCAGCAAGGCCCUCCUGACUGGUACCCAAGACACAGUGUCCACGAGACUCACUGGGGCAAUGAACAUGGUCAAGGGCGCCGUCCAGACUGGAGUGGCCACCAGCAAGGCCCUCCUGACUGGUACCCAAGACACAGUGUCCACGAGACUCACUGGGGCAAUGAACAUGGUCAAGGGCGCCGUCCAGACUGGAGUGGCCACCAGCAAGGCCCUCCUGACUGGUACCCAAGACACAGUGUCCACGAGACUCACUGGGGCAAUGAACAUGGUCAAGGGCGCCGUCCAGACUGGAGUGGCCACCAGCAAGGCCCUCCUGACUGGUACCCAAGACACAGUGUCCACGAGACUCACUGGGGCAAUGAACAUGGUCAAGGGCGCCGUCCAGACUGGAGUGGCCACCAGCAAGGCCCUCCUGACUGGUACCCAAGACACAGUGUCCACGAGACUCACUGGGGCAAUGAACAUGGUCAAGGGCGCCGUCCAGACUGGAGUGGCCACCAGCAAGGCCCUCCUGACUGGUACCCAAGACACAGUGUCCACGAGACUCACUGGGGCAAUGAACAUGGUCAAGGGCGCCGUCCAGACUGGAGUGGCCACCAGCAAGGCCCUCCUGACUGGUACCCAAGACACAGUGUCCACGAGACUCACUGGGGCAAUGAACAUGGUCAAGGGCGCCGUCCAGACUGGAGUGGCCACCAGCAAGGCCCUCCUGACUGGUACCCAAGACACAGUGUCCACGAGACUCACUGGGGCAAUGAACAUGGUCAAGGGCGCCGUCCAGACUGGAGUGGCCACCAGCAAGGCCCUCCUGACUGGUACCCAAGACACAGUGUCCACGAGACUCACUGGGGCAAUGAACAUGGUCAAGGGCGCCGUCCAGACUGGAGUGGCCACCAGCAAGGCCCUCCUGACUGGUACCCAAGACACAGUGUCCACGAGACUCACUGGGGCAAUGAACAUGGUCAAGGGCGCCGUCCAGACUGGAGUGGCCACCAGCAAGGCCCUCCUGACUGGUACCCAAGACACAGUGUCCACGAGACUCACUGGGGCAAUGAACAUGGUCAAGGGCGCCGUCCAGACUGGAGUGGCCACCAGCAAGGCCCUCCUGACUGGUACCCAAGACACAGUGUCCACGAGACUCACUGGGGCAAUGAACAUGGUCAAGGGCGCCGUCCAGACUGGAGUGGCCACCAGCAAGGCCCUCCUGACUGGUACCCAAGACACAGUGUCCACGAGACUCACUGGGGCAAUGAACAUGGUCAAGGGCGCCGUCCAGACUGGAGCGGACACCAGCAAGACCGUACUGGCUGGGACCAAGGACACAGUGUCCACGGGGCUCACCGGGGCGAUGAACGUGGCCAAAGGUGCAGUCCAGACAGGAGUGGACACCAGCAAGACCGUUCUGACUGGUACCAAGGAUACAGUGUCCACGGGGCUCACCGGGGCAAUGAACAUGGCCAAGGGCGCCGUCCAGACUGGAGUGGACACCAGCAAGACCGUUCUGACUGGUACCAAGGACACAGUGUCCACGGGGCUCACCGGGGCCAUGAACGUGGCCAAGGGUGCUGUCCAGACAGGAGUGGACACCUCAAAGACCAUCCUGGCUGGUACUAAAGACAUGGUGUCCAAGGGACUCACUGGGGCCAUGAAUGUGGCCAAGGAUACUGUUCAGACAGGAGUGGACACCAGCAAGACCCUCCUGACUGGCACCAAGGACACAGUGUCCACGGGGCUCACCGGGGCCAUGAACGUGGCCAAGGGCGCCGUCCAGACGGGAGUGGACACCAGCAAGACCCUCCUGACUGGCACCAAGAACACAGUGUCCACGGGGCUCACCGGGGCAAUGAACAUGGCCAAAGGUGCAGUCCAGACUGGAGUGGACACCUCGAAGACUGCCUUGGCUGGUACCAAAGACACAGUGUCCACGGGGAUCACCGGGGCCAAGAAUGUGGCCAAGGGCGCUGUCCAGACUGGAGUGGAUACCUCAAAGACCAUCCUGACUGGCACCAAAGACACAGUGUCCACGGGGCUCACCGGGGCCAUGGAUGUGGCCAAGGGCGCUGUCCAGACUGGAGUGGAAACCAGCAAGACCCUCCUGACUGGCACCAAAGACACAGUGUACAUGGGGCUCACCGGGGCAAUGAACGUGGCCAAGGGUGCCGUCCAGACCGGCAUGGACACCUCGAAGACCGUCCUGGCUGGUACCAAAGACGCGGUGUCCACGGGGCUGGGUGUGGCCACAGGGUCCAUGCAGUCUGGCCAGGGCACAACCCAAAAUUGGUUACUUGGUAUUGAGGACACCUGUGGUGGACUCAUCCAUGGCAGGGCCCCCGACAAAUGUAGAGAACAAGCUGUCCCCAGCUCCCAGGCAGAUCUGUCUUACAGGGUCUGCAGCUCCCCAGAAGCUCUCUGUGCAGGCCUGGACCUUGCUGGGGAAGUCACUGCCGCUAGCCAGGGCGUCGUCUCUGCUGUGAUGUCAUUCACACCAGAGGCCACCCGGGGCGUGGAGGAAGCAAGGUGCGUGGCUACGACACGUGGCUGUGAAGGAGCCACAGGCUCUGCGAUGCCCCAGGACGAGCUGGAGGGACUGGGGGAGAUCUUUCACGAACAAGCUCAGUUGGCAGCCGCUCAGCUUGGGCCCAGGAUGCCCGCGGCCGACCAGGGCAGCUACUUCAUGCGUCUGGGCGACCUGACCCCCGGCUUCCGCCAGCGGGCUUUCGAGCAUGCCCUGAGCCACCUGCAGCACGGCCAGUUCCAGGCCAGGGAGGCUCUGGCCCGGCUCGAGGACUCCUUUAGGGCGGUGAGUCUUCCCCUCCCCAGGCGCCUCCCUCAGCCCCUGCACGGCUUUCCCAUCGCUGUAUCGGGGGUGGGAGUGGGGGGCCGAGGCUCCUGGGGUGUGGCCCCCUCCCAGCCCCCAGGCCCUGCUCACCUACUCUCUCCUGCUCAGGUGUCGGAUGCCGGCGCACUGUCCAGGGCCCGCGGCUUCAUCCAGCAGCUCCAUGUUGCCUACAGCACCCUGGCCUCCGGCCUCCAGGGUCUGCCUGCCGAACUCCAGCAGCAGGUCGGGUGGGCACGGCACAGCCUCUGCGAGCUCUACGGCCUCGUCUCCUCUGCUGGCUCCAUCUCGGAGCUGCCGGCUGAACGCCUGGCCCAGAGCCACGCCGGCGUCGUCCAGGCCUGGCGGGGGCUGGAGCAGCUGCUGGUGAGCGUGCAGCACAGGCCCCCGCUCAGCUGGCUGGUGGGGCCCUUCGCCCUUCACCCCAGUGGGCAGCAGCUAUAGGUCCCCUGUGGAGCCUCCCCAGCCCCAAGUCCCCAAAGCUCUGGGCCCCAGUGGGUGGCCUGGCUGGUGCUGGUCGGGGCAGCAGGGACUUUCCGCAUCGAGUGUGCCACUCCCCGGUCCCGGGCCUACCCCGCCCACCUCUCUGCCCCGAGCACGGCUGGGCCUGGGCCCGGCCUAGGCGCCCCGGCUUGCUAAGACCAUCACUGACAAAGAGCCUUCACUGCAGCCAGCGCACCUUAAGGAAAAAGAAAUGAAAUGUGCCUAGAAGGUUCUCCACUCCGCACCAGCCACUAGGAGCCCCGCCAUCUCUGGGGAGGAUUCCUGGCCCACAGUCUGGGCUUCUGGCUGCCAGCUUAGCAGGUGCUCCCGCUCCAUCCUCAUUCUGAAAGCAUCCACCGCAGCCCUUAGCACCAGAACGGCCAUCCCGAGGCUGGCUCCCACCGCCUCUGUUGACUCCGGUGUGGCCAAGAGAAGGGGGCUUCGUGAGGACAAAGCCGCCAGUGGCCACACAUCUCUCCCCCACCCCCGGGGCUUUGCAAGCACCCGCCUUGGGGACUGCACCGUUUGGGAGUGAGGGGGUGGACUACAAAACAAGUCCCUUCCCACCUCCUCCACACGCCCACCUGCCUGCCACGACGAAGCCAUCCUGACAGGGUCCCGGGGAGGCACUUCUGUGGCUCCCAGAGCCAUGGGGGGAUAACGGGGCUCCCCCACAGGGAGCAGGGCCCGAGGGGGUGCGUGGAGAGAUGCACUCGACGAUUGCUGGGGUCUCGGCUGUGCGCCCCAGGCUGGGGACCAGCCAGGGUCCGGGGAGGUUUCGACCGCCUCCACCUUCCCAGACACAGAGGUCCAAGCCCCCCGCCCUGGCCCCGCCAUGUGAAAAUUCAGGAUGCCCACCCAAGAGACACUCCCUCGCUGCCACCGCCCUCCCCCUGCUGCGAGCCGUGCAUCAGACCCCCAGCGGCCCAGGCAUCAAGCCCACACCUGCCCAGACAGCUCCCCAACUGGCCACAUCCCUCACGGGGCGAUCAAAAUACCCCCGGGCUGCACCCUGUUCCCAGAAAUGACCAGUGCUCCAAGCUCAAAGACAGGCGGCUGGCUCUCUCCUCAGAGGUCCCUGCUGGGGGCCUGGGAGGGGUUCUGCAUGGGCGGGGGUGGGGGGUGCUGGCGCCUGGUGUGACACGGGAACAAGUUAGGGAAACUGCUGAGCCUUUCCUCCCUCGGCCUCCAUCGAGGGACGCCAUCUGAGGUGGUGACACCGAGAACACGGCCGUUCCCAGAAACCCAGCACAGUGACUUGAAGUCACUUCAAGUCCAGCCAAACCAAAGAGGGGUGGGCAGGGACGGGGAGCCAGGGCUCAGGAAGUCCCCCUCGCAGCUGAGAUGGAUGGGCUCGGCCAGGGUAGGGGGACACAUAGGAGAAGCCACUGUUCAAUCAGCAACCGCCACGUGCUGACACCUGGCAGGGGAUCACACAAGUCCCCGCUCUGAAUCCACAUGACAGUUUUGAGGCUGGGAUCACGUCGCCGCUUAUCCAGGGGAGGAACGAGAAUCCCAGAGUGGUGGGAGUGCUGCCUGGCCAAGGUCACACGGCGAGGCCCGUCCUCGGCGCUUUGCUCUUGGAACAUGCGAGGACAACAGGUGGCCCGGAGCACACUCCGUGGCCCGAGCGCACGGAACUGGCCGAGCUGGGACUGGCAGCAGGCAUCCCAGCGCCACCUGCAGCCUGGGCGGGACAGGGAUCGGCCGAGUCAGCGGCUGAGCAAGGCCGCGGCUUCCUGGGAACACACGGUGGACUCCGUCUGGCUCGGCCCACCCGGCCCUUCUGCUCCCCCUGCCUGGGCCCUGGGCAGCCAAGCCCAGGACGAUCAAACCACAGCCUCCACCUGAGCCGUGAAGUUCAGAGGGUUUUAUUUCUCCUUUUUUAUUUGCGGGAUGGUCUUGCUGCUGCCCCGCUCCUUGCCUGUCAGCCCUGCUGGACCGG